ACUUUCAGUUCAUAACAGACAGCUGCUGCGAAAGAGGGGCAAGUAACCAAAAUAAAAAAAAAAUUAAAUUAAACUAAAAAACUCAACUGAAGAACAACAGAAAACAUUAAACCCAGAAAUUACGGGAAAACCUAUGCAUUUAUCCUACGAUUAAUUGAACUCAACAACAAUGGAUGAAACUCAGAAAAUGACGGCUUUGAAGAAGGCAUAUGCAGAGAUAAUCCUGAACACGGCGAAGGAGGCGGCGGCGAGGAUAAUGGCAUCAGAGAGAAAAUCACAUCAGUUUUUGCACGAUCUUACUUCCACCAAAGAGGAAGCGCUUCGUCUUUUGCUCCGGCAAAAACAAACUAUGGAUGCUAAAAUUAAUGAAGCGGAAAUGAAAUCCCUAAACCAGCAAAGAAAAAUAGAAGAGCUAGAAGCUCAGCUCCAAGAAGCUGAAGAUAUAGUGAGUAACCUUAGAGUAGAGCUGAAUGAGGCGCAUAUCAAGUUGGAGGAAAUGGAAAAUAACCAAACGGCAAGUGCACCGAAUAUGACUGAAAAGGCUCACUGUGAGGCAGGAACCAAACUGCCCGAGAAUGGGCUAUCUGAAGCUGUUUCAGCUGCACAAACUAAUUCGUUUAACACAUCAGCAAAUGGGCAUUAUGUUUCAAAUAAUUCUUUAGAGAAUUUUGGUUAUUCUGGGGAUCCAGUUGUUCCUUCGAUAAUUUUGAGAAGCAAAAAACCUAAGCUGUAUAGAAACGGGUGUACGCAGAGAAUACAUGCGUAUAAAGGGAACCCGAUAUAUAGAAAGGGUCAUUCUCCUCUUUCUGGAGAAUCGGAUGACUUGAAAAAUGAGAAAGCCAGAAAAGAAGACAAAGAAGGUGAAGAGAUAUACAUGACUUCAAUAGGGGCUGAUACAUUAUCUGCAGAGAAGAAACCUAUUGACAAUAAAGAAGAAAAUAGUGUGGACAAAAGUAGUAGCAAACCUCAAGCAUUGACAUCAUUCCGAAAGAGAAGGAAAAGAGCUGUUAGAUACAGAAGAAGUAAUGCUUCUACACUAAACUCUAUUCCAGUUCUGGUCAAGGAAACAGUUUCUGAUUUUCCAAACUCUCAAACAUGCUUACCUGGUUCUCAUGACAUUCAUGAAACUAUUGGUAAUAAACAUAAGGAUUCACACUCACCUUCAAUAGUACCAUCUGGUGAUUCUGAAAUGAGAGAAUCAUCAGAGCGUGUAGCAACUACCCGAGGUGAUGAAACCGAGGUUCGUAUAGUUUUAGUGAAUGAAGAUACAGAUAUAGCUAAAAAUUCAGUUUUGAUUGAGCAGCAAAGUGUUUCUGGGGAUUGCUUAUAUGGUUUGAGUUCAAAACAAGAUCUUGACAUGAAGAACUCGUCUUCAGUAAAUCUAAAUCCUAAACCGAUGGAAACUGGUGAUGGUUUUCCUAGUCCACUGCCAAAAGAUAGGGUUCUUAAGUAUACUUUCCAGAGGAAACGGAAGAAGGAAUCCCUAAGUGGUGAUGAUAACAGCUUGCAGCAGGAGAACCCUUUGAAACGAAGUAUGGUAAAGAAGCAGAAUAUCGAUCUUGAGCCCCCAAACUCUAGCGCCGUGAGUGAAUCGUCACGAGAUAGUCGGAGAAUGGCACAGGUGGCACGCCAGCUGAUAUCUUUGUCUGAGAAGAAAUGGUGGAAGUAGAUAACAAGUUUGUUGUGUGCUGAGAAAAAGCUGCGGCAAAAUCAACAUUAAUGUAAAUGGAUCAACCCUUCGACGUUGUAGUACGUUGAUGUGGAAGUAGCAUCAUAUUUAACAGCAGUGACAGCAGCAGAAGCUGCUGCUUCUAUAGAGAGAAAGAUAUAGAGCUGUAAAUUGGCUCAGGUAAAUUAUGUUGUACGGCGUCACAUUCAAUAAAGUAAAAAUUCUUGUUUGUUACAGCAUUUUUCCUAAAUCUUUCGUUUAGAUGAAGAAUUAUUGUCAAACAGACUUGACAUAUUGAUACUUGAUAGUGUUGAAUUGUGUUCUUAACAGCCGAUUAUAUAUAGUGAAUGAUUUUACUAUAGCCA